GCAGCCAGAGCUAAAAAUCGUGGAAGACGCCCUCGCAGCGACGCGCAGAGGCAUUCGUGGACGCGGCGAGUGCACGGGAGCUGCCACUGGUACCGGCCGCAGCUUCCUGGCAGCAGGAACUGCGUCGCGAGCAGCUCUAGGAGCAGAGCACGGCUGAAACAGGGAGAGGUGCUCUCGACAGCGACGGACGCGACCGACCACCCUCGAAACGCCGCGUCACAGCUAUUAGCAAGCAAAAAUGAUGCGCUCCACCCUCCUACGCCGCCGCGCCGCCACGGCCCGCCGCACCCUAGCAUUGGCGCCGCGCCGCCAGAUCAAGAAGCUCAUGGCGGCCAACCGCGGCGAGAUCGCCAUCCGCAUCUUCCGGGCGGCCACGGAGUUGGAUAUCAGGACGGUCGCCAUCUACUCGAAGGAGGACAAGAAGUCGAUGCACCGCUACAAGGCGGACGAAGCUUACCAGGUCGGCACGAAUGCCUCACCAGUCGGCGCUUACUUGGGAUAUGAGGAGAUCGUGAAGGUAGCUCUGGAGAAUGAUGUCGACGCCAUCCACCCGGGCUACGGGUUUCUGAGCGAGAACGUGCACUUCGCGCGACUCUGUGAGGCGAACGGCAUCGCGUUCGUGGGACCCGAAUCUUCCGUGCUCAACAAGUUUGGAGACAAAACUUUGGCCAGACAACUAGCCAUCGAUGCGGGAGUCCCAGUAGUGCCAGGUACGGACGGCGAGUGCAACACGCACGAGGAAGUGCGCAGCUUCAUCGAGGACGGUCCGGACCCGGUCGGCUACCCCGUGAUCGUGAAGGCGGCGCACGGCGGCGGCGGUAGAGGCAUGAGGGUUGUUCGCUCAGCAGCAGAACUGGAAGAGAACCUCGCGCGGGCGCAAAGCGAAGCGCUGACGGCCUUCGGCAACGCCGCCGUGUUUGUGGAGCGGUAUGUCGAGGCUCCUAGACACGUCGAAGUCCAGAUUCUAUCAGAUGGCGAGACGACGUUCCACCUCUAUGAAAGAGACUGCUCCGUGCAGCGGCGCUUCCAGAAAGUUGUUGAAAUUGCCCCUUCGGUAGGACUCCCGGAAGAGCUGCAAAAAGCUCUGCAUGACGACGCCGUGCGCUUGACGUCGGCGGCGGGCUAUAGAGCGGCAGGAACGGUGGAGUUCCUAGUCGAUCCCCAGACCUGGAAGCACUAUUUUAUCGAGGUGAACCCGCGGAUCCAGGUCGAGCACACGGUCACGGAAGUCGUGACGGGCGUCGAUCUCGUGCAGUCGCAGAUUCGCGUGGCCCAGGGCGAGACGCUGGCGGAGAUCGGUUUGCAUUCCCAGGACGACAUUCAAGUAAGGGGCUACGCGAUCCAGUCGCGCGUGACGACGGAGGACCCCGAGGAGGAUUUCCGGCCGGACGUCGGCCGCAUCCAGCUCUGGCGCCCGGGCGAGGGCUUCGGCAUCCGCAUGGACGGCGGCAACGCCUUCACGGGCGCGGUCAUCUCGCCGCGCGGCCGCGGCGUCCCGUGAAGCUCGUUCCGCGCCGUCGACGCGUUCCACGAACGUGGCGUGGCCGCGGCGAUGGCGUCGACGCGCUGCCACGUCGCCUCGACGCCGUCGUUCAACACGCAGGCACUACGACUCGAUGCUCACGAAGGUCACGGCGUCUGCCUUAACUUAUGAAAGCGCCAUCGACAAGCUCACACGUAGUCUGAGAGAAACGCGUAUCAGAGGCGUCAAAACGAACAUAGGCUUCACUUUGAAUGUGCUGAAACACCCGGAAUUCCGAGCUGGUAGGGCUACUACUGCUUUUAUUGAAGAUCAUCCUGAAUUAUUUGAGUUCGCGAAGGGUGGGGAUAGAGCGUCGAAGUUACUCAUGUACCUGGCCGAGCUAGCUGUCAAUGGUAGAAAAGCUGUGGGUGCGACGGGACCGACCACACCUAGAUACGCGCAAGUCCUACCGCCUCCCGUGGACGAAAAACCUAGAAUCGGGUUCAAGCAGGUCCUCGAGACUUCCGGACCGGAAGGGUUCGCGAAAGCUGUCAGAGCGCACAAGGGGCUGUUGUUGACGGACACGACGAUGCGCGACGCCCAUCAAAGUCUCUUAGCUACGCGUGUGAGAACCAAGGACUUGGUGACGGCAGCGCCCUACACGUCGAAAGCACUCCACAACGCCUAUUCCCUAGAAAACUGGGGCGGCGCGACGUUCGACGUCGCGCUGCGCUUCUUGCACGAGUGCCCCUGGGCUCGUUUAGAAGCGUUGCGGGAGGAGAUCCCGAACGUGCCCUUCCAGAUGCUGUUGCGGGGCGCGAACGGCGUGGGGUACACGUCGUACCCCGAUAAUGCCAUUUUUAAAUUUUGCGAUACGGCUGUUAAAUCAGGUAUGGACGUCUUCCGGGUCUUUGAUUCGUUGAAUUAUGUCGAUAACCUGAGGCUGGGCAUCGACGCCGUCGGUGCUGCGGGCGGCGUCGUCGAGUGCGCGAUUGGCUAUUCGGGCGACUGCACGGACGACAACUCGAAGUACAACUUGGAGUACUACCUGACCCUAGCGAGGCAACUCCAGGAGUCGGGCAUUCACGUGCUGGCGAUCAAGGACAUGGCUGGCCUGUUGAAACCGGCGGCAGCUACCAAGUUAAUAACUGCAUUACGAGACGAGUUCCCCGACCUACCAAUCCACGUGCACACGCACGACACGGCCGGGACUGGAGUAGCAACUUAUCUAGCCUGCGCGAACGCCGGCGCGGACGCCGUCGACGUGGCCAUCGACUCGAUGAGCGGUCUCACGUCGCAGCCGGCGAUGGGCGCCGUCGUCGGGUCGUUAGCCGGUGGCCAUUUAGACACGGGCGUGCAAUUAGACGACAUCGCGCCCUUGAUCGACUACUGGGAGUCGACGCGCGUGUCGUACGCGGCGUUCGAGUCGGGGCAGAAGUCCGGCUCCGCGGAAGUUUAUGCGCAUGAAAUCCCGGGAGGGCAGUACACGAACAUGCUCUUCCAGGCGACGCAGAACGGUUUGGCGGAGCAGUGGCCCGCGGUCAAGAGAGCCUACGCCGAGGCCAACGAUCUGCUCGGGGACAUCGUCAAGGUCACGCCGUCGUCGAAGACGUGCGGCGACCUCGCGCAGUUCAUGGUCACGAACGGCUUGUCCGCCGACGACGUGCGGGAGAAGGCGUCGUCGGGUUCCUUGAACUUUCCUUCGUCGGUGGUCGAGUUCUUCCAGGGCGCUUUAGGUAUACCGGUCGGUGGCUUUCCGGAGCCGUUGCGCACGGAUGUGUUGCGGGGUGCCAAGAAGCUCGACGAGACGUUCACGGGGCGGCCCGGCGCCGAGCUACCGGACGUCGACUUGGAGGCUGUGAGAACGACUCUAGAAGCGACGCACGGCAUCGAGAUCGACGACAAGCAACUCAUGAGCGCGGUCAUGUACCCCAAGGUCUUCGAGGACUUCAUGGCGGCGACGACCGAGUUCGGGGACCUCUCGGCGCUGCCCACGCGCAAUUUCGUCGAGCCCAUGGAGGUCGGGGAAGAGGUCGAUUUGUCCUUUGGGCAGGGCGUCAACGUCAAUGUGAAAUUGAUCGGUCUCGGCGACCUCGAUGAAGCGACCGGGACCAGGGAGUGCUUCUUUGAAGUGAACGGCUUCCCUCGCAGCGUCAAGCGCCUGGAUGAGACGGCGUCCAGUAAUGUGGUCGUGCGGCCGAAGGCGGACUCGUCGCAGAUCGGGGCGGUGGGGGCGCCGAUGCCCGGCGUGGUGGUCGACGUGAAGGUGGCCGUCGGCGAUUCCGUGAGCGCGGGCGACCCUAUGGUUGUUCUCUCAGCAAUGAAAAUGGAGACAGUUUGUGCUGCCUCUAUCGAUGGCGUUGUGUCCGGCGUCUCGGUGGCGAUGGGCGACGCGCUCCAGCCGGGCGAUUUGCUCGUGACGAUCAAGGAAUCGAACAACAACGAGGCCGACGCCGAGCCGGAGGCGCUUGCGGCCUGAUCCUUUCCCCAUCCUUCCCCUUUGAUUGUAUGGCUAGAGUAAGGGCGACUUAGUCA